AUGGCAGCUUCGAACUCUCCGAUUCUUGGCAAAUAUCAUGCUCUGGAACGUCUAGGAGCGGGAGCUUACGGACUGGUUUACCGGGCAACAGAGGUUUCUGAAUCUUCAGCGCAAUAUGCGGUAAAGCUCGAGCGUGCUUCGGAGAAAAAAAACGACCUCCUUCAGAACAUGAAGCUAACGUCUUGCUGA